AUGAGAAUCCGAGUCGACAUGCCUAGCUCCGGCCUUAUUUACUUCGACGUUGGUGUUGUUCGCAAGCAAUACUCUUUGUCUUUGUUCGAAACGCCGAGAGAUUGCGUUGCUGCUCUUCGUGAAAACGAGAUCAAACUCUUGGGAGAAACAGUAUUUAGCCGGAGUUUAAGAAAUGUUGUUAUACUAUACCAGAAAGAUAGACAGAUUCUUGAAGAUACAGCACUGGCCUGCCGAGCCCAGGAGCUAGACCAACCAGCGGAUAUCUUAAAGCCUGAUUUUUGGGUUUAA